AAGCUUGAACAAAGAUCGAGAACUUAAACACGAUAAAACAGAGUAACCCGAUAAUAAGAAAAACUUCAAGAAGCAAGCAAAAUAAAGAGAUAAAUUGCAUUUUUCCCGAGAUCGACCGAAAUUAGUCGAAAGAUUCAUCUCAGGUCAGAUAAUGGUAAUCAGUCCACUCUGUAGCACUAAUUGUGUUUUUCCCGAAGUUGACCGUAUCGGCCAAUAUAGUUUAUCAAAAAAUAAAUAGCAAAAUAAAGAGCACUCAUGAUAUUUUCUCUUUUUCAUCCUUGACAUUAGUCAGAAGAUAUUUCAAAUUCGGAUUAGGUAGUGUAGUAGUCAGUCCACUCUGUAGAACUAAGUGCGUUUUUCUCGAGACCGUCAACCGAUAUCGAUAUGGUUUAUAAAAAAAAUAGCAAAUUAAAGAGCACCCAUGAGAUUUUCUCCUUUUCACCCCUGUCAAAGAAGGAGCCACUUCUGAAAUGAAAACAAAAACUUAAAGAAGCAAGCAAAAAAAAUGUUUUCAGCUUAUUUAUGAAAUAUGAAGUGAAAAAAAAAAAUCAACUUGUUUUGAUUUGGUCAGAAGUAAUUUCAUUUUGUCUCGAAGAGACUUAGCCAAAUAAAUGUCACCGUCUAGGAGGCAUCAUAAGGAUCGUGUGACCAAGACCGGUUCAACUAGAAGAAGUUGUGUAGCUGAUGUCAUUAGCAAAGUCAGAAGAUAGGAAACUUCCCAAGGGUCAACUCUUAGUUCUUCUGCCUCAUAUGCACUAACAUUUUCUAUAAGUUAUGUUUGUUAGUUAGUUAGUACCCCCCAAACAUUCUGAGAAAAUUAGGGGGAUGGCAGGAGCUAUACUAUGGAUGUUAGCUUCAGUCCAUGCGAUCUCUAUGGUUCUAGCUCAAGAUGGUAAUCAGUUUGUGCACUACGACUUCCGGAAAGCAGAUCUAUACGUAGAUGGAAUGGCAAGUACCAAAGAUGGCAGACUAAAACUUACUAAUAGCUCAAAGAGAGCCACUGGGCAUGCCUUCCACAGAACGCCAAUAUCUUUCGUAAACUCUUCAUUUUCGUUCUCCACCGAGUUCGUGUUCGCGAUCGUUCCAGAAGAGCGCACCAGCUACGGCCAAGGAAUGGCUUUCGUUGUCUUUCCCAGCAUCGUUGACCUAAGGUAUGGCGCAGCAACAUCUUAUCUAGGGCUAUUCAAUAGAGGGAACGAUAACAAAACCGAGAAUCAUAUACUUGCGGUAGAGCUCGACACUAACGCAAGCUCUGAAGCCCUUGAAGAGAGUGAUAACCAUGUAGGGAUAGACGUCAACAGUAUAGUAUCGGUCGAAUCUAAGGACGCUAGUUACUUCGAUGACACGGUAGGGAUGAACAGGAGCCUGGUGCUCGCUAGCAAACAAAGAAUUCGUAUUUGGAUAGAAUAUGAUGGAGAGAAUAGAUUGCUAAACGUCACUCUUGCUCCCCUCGAGACCCCAAAGCCAAGAUUGCCUCUUUUGUCAAGAUCUAUAGACCUUUCCAAAAUCUUCAAGGAGCAAAUGUUUUUCGGUUUCGCUGGGAGUACGGGUACUAUCAGAAGUCAUCAAUAUAUUCUUGGUUGGUCAUUGGCGAUAGGCGGAAAAGCGCAAAGCCUUGACAUUUCUCAAGUAAUGGAUCUCCCUCGACCGCCACGUAAUCACUUACCGCUUAUACUCGUCGUUGCAUCAGUAGUUGCUUUCUUGAUAAUAGCAGGAGGAAUAGUAUACCUUUACCAACGGAAUAGGUACGCAGAGGUGUUUGAACAAUGGGAAUUACAAUACAGCCCCCAGAGAUUCUCCUUCAGAACCCUGUAUAAAGCAACCAGAGGUUUCAAGGAGAAUAGAGUGCUUGGAGCUGGAGGUUUCGGCAAGGUUUACAGAGGAGAGCUUCUCGAUGGCACUCAAAUCGCGGUCAAGAGAGUCUCCCACGGUGCAGAACAAGGAAUGCAAGAGUACGUUGCGGAAAUCGCUACUAUGGGGAGGCUAGCACACAGAAACUUGGUGCAGCUACGUGGUUACUGCAGGAGGAAAGGCGAAUUGCUUUUGGUCUACGAGUACAUGGUUAAUGGAAGUCUUGCUGAUCGCCUGUUCGAUGGCGACAAUCUCAGCUGGUCUCAAAGAGUUCAUAUUGUGAAAGGAGUAUCCUCUUGCCUUCACUACCUACAUGAAGGUUGGGGAAAAGUUGUGUUACAUAGAGAUAUAAAAGCGAGCAACAUUCUCUUGGACGAAAAUUUAAACGGGAAACUUGGAGAUUUCGGGCUCGCUAUAUUCUAUGAUCGUGGCGCGACUUUUGAAGCCACGCGUGUUGUAGGAACCAUUGGUCAUAUGGCUCCAGAGGUUACCUCCAUGGGCGUGGCGAAUGAGGCGACUGAUGUCUAUGCUUUUGGAGUACUCAUGCUUGAGGUGGUCUGCGGGAGGAGACCAGUAGAGCCAGAAAGGUCUCCCGGGCAGAAGAUUUUGGUUGAAUGGGUUGCCAGUUGCGGGAGAAGAGGUGCUUUACUAGAUAGUGUUGACAUUAAACUAGCAGGAAAUUUUGAAGUUGAUGAAGCUAUGCUGCUUUUGAAGCUAGGCAUGAUCUGUUCACAGAUUGACCCACAAAGGAGACCUACUAUGAAAGAUAUAACAGAGUAUCUUGAACAAAAGAAACGUAUCCCACACAUUUCGUUUGAUACAGCUGAGUUUGGGAUACCCAUUGUACCCCUAAUAAGCGAUGAAACAGUAACAGCACAAGGAUCUGCUCUGUCGUUUGCUAGUUUCUUAUAUGACACCAUUACCGUGUUAUUUAGAGGUCGCUGAAACCUGCAUCAUGGGUUGGUAAACAUACUAGAAAACAUGUUCUUAUGUGAAUAAUUGUGUGUGUAUGAUAGUGUUAAGUGUGCAAAUAAAUAGUGAAGAAAGGAUGACUAUGUCUACCAUCUUCUCAAAUGUAUGAAAAUUUACAGUAUGUAUAUAUGUGAACUGCAUCAUUGCAAAAAAAAAAAGUGAAAGAAAGAUUAUGUUUUUAUAUAAAAAUCUAUGUAUUUUAAAAUUAUGGAAUAGAGAGAAACAUCUAAAUUCUUUUUUUUUUAAAUUAUGUUUUUAUAUAAAAAU